AUGAAAACAUGCUACUAUGAACUACUAGAUGUCUCCACAGACGCAACAGAAUCCGAACUUAAGAAAGCAUACAGAAAAAAAGCACUACAACUACAUCCAGACAAAAACCCUGAUAAUGUAGAAGAAGCAAACCUUCGAUUUUCAUUAGUUAGAUCAGCUUAUGAAGUAUUAAUAGAUCCUCAAGAAAGAGCAUGGUAUGAUUCUCAUAAACAAAGUAUAUUAAAUGAUGAAGAUGUAUAUGAAGAUGAUGGUGGAGAAUCUCAUAUUCCUAGUAUAUCAACUGAUGAAAUAUUAAAAUAUUUUAAUUCAAAUUUAUAUCAAAAUUAUAAUGAUUCUAUAUCUGGUUUUUAUUCAACUGUAUCUCGAUUAUUUGAAAGAUUAGCAAGAGAAGAAAUUCAACAUGGUAAAUACCAAAAUCUUCAAGAAUUUAUGGGGUUAAAAGAUGAUGAAAAUAAUGUAUACACAAUCGAUCCAACAUAUUUAAAAUAUCCAUUAUUUGGAAACUCUCAUUUGGAUUAUUUAUCAAUCAAACAAUUUUAUAACGUAUGGACAUCAUUCACUACAAUAAAAACAUUCAAUUGGAAAUAUCAAUAUAGAUAUUCAACAGCAGAAGAUAGAAGAACUCGUAGAUUAAUGGAAAAAGAAAAUAAAAAAUUAUCAGAUUUUGCUAAAAAGGAAUAUAAUGAAACUAUUAGAAAAUUUGUAAACUUCAUUAAGAAAAGAGAUCCUCGUGUUAAAACAGCACAACAAGAAUUUGAAAAACAACAACAGCUCAAAAAGACAAAAGAGAUUGAACAACAACUUAAAAAUCAAAAAUUACAAAAAAUUCAACAACAACAAAAUCAAGAUUAUAAAGAACAAGAUUGGCAAAAAUUAACUUUAGAAGAAAUUGAAGAAAUGGAAAAUAUGAUUCAACAAGAAUAUCAUGAAAUUAAUGACACAACCACCACUCAAAAAACAGAUUCUGAAUAUGAAUCUGAUUUAGAACAAGAAGAAAUUCACGAAUUUGAAUGUAUUGUAUGUAAUAAGAUUAUGAAAAAUAAACAACAAUUUGAAAUACAUGAAGAAUCUAAAAAACAUAAAAAGGCAGUAAGACAAAUGAAAUGGGAAAUGAAACAAGAAGGAAUAGAUUUAGGAAUUGAUGAUGAAGACGAAGAAGAUGAAGAAUUUGAAACUGCUGAAAGUGAGUUCAGCUCUGAUCUUGAAAAUGAUUUGGAGAAUUUAAGUGAUGAUGAAUUAGAUGCUGUAUUAAAUGGAGAUGAAAAUGGACAAAAUGAAAUAGAAGAAGAAUUAAAAGAAGAAAAUGAAGAAAAAUUACCGGAAACAAGAAAAAAAUCAAUACAACCAAAGGAAGAAGCAAAACCAAAGAAGAAAGAAGAAAAUUCGAACGUCACUGAAGAUAACAAAUUAGAACAAGAAUUAUCAACCCUAUUAGAUUCAUCAACAUUAGAUUCAGAUGAUGAUUGGAAAACUCCUAAAAAGAAUCAAAAAAAACCCAAAAAGAAACCCACUACUAAAAUAAUACCUUCACAACAACAAUCAAAAGAAUCAACUCCCAUAACUGAAACUAGUAGUAGUGGAACUGAAAAAUGUUCAGUUUGUGGAUUAAAAUUUGAAUCAAGAAAUCAACUUUUUAAUCAUGUUAAAGAGCUUAAUCAUGCUGCACCACCUGAAUCAAAUGGUAGUAAAAAGAAAAAGAGUAAGAAAAGAUAA